AUGGCAGCGACAUCCACAGCUCAAUGUGCAAAAUGUGAGAAAGGUUGUGGUAUACUCACAUGCGAUCGGUGUUUAGAAAAGUUCUGCCGAGGCUGUUUCAAUGAUCAUCGUCAAGGUUUGUCAAAACAACUCGACAAUGUUGUUUAUGAACACGAUAUGUUCAAACAGCACCUCGAAACGCCAAAUGAAAAUAUUUCUCAUCGAUUGUUGAAACAAAUUGAUAAAUGGAAGAAAGACUUUAUCAGUAAAAUUAAUCAACUCGCUGAUCAAUAUCGCACUGUUCACGAAGAUUUCCUCGACCAAGCAAAAGAUGGUAACUUAUGA